AUGCCCCCGAAAACAGCGAAGAGGAAGACCAAGUCUACCACGGGACAAGAGGAUGAUCCGUGGGGCCCUCCGCAGGAGCAGCCGGAAAAGAAGAGACGCGCACUGGCAUCGCGGACCAAGAACGACGACAAGGAUCCAGGACCCGAGACCAAUAAACACGCUGACACUCCGCAAAGGCAGUUCCAAUCCUGGGCCGAAUGGCAGAGCAAAUUCAAAGACAAGGAGAGAAACGACAGGAUUCAGUUUGCCGACAAGUUCAAGAAGGAUAUCGAGACCAAGCGGGAGAUUGCCGAGACUCUCCUCGGCAAGUCUAGCGAAGACCUAAACGAGGCGGCCUGUAGGUACGGCAAGCUUCUCAACAAGGCUUGCGCCGGUAUCGAGCGUUCUGCAAGAUCUGGCACUACCAAGGAACAUGCGCUGAACUCUCCUAAAGAUGAAUCACUGGCUAAGUCUAGCCGAGAAAUUUUGCAGACCUGCCGUGACCUAGUCGCCGCCCACGAACAGGCCAACGUCAGGACUGUAGCGCAGGGGAAUAUGCAACUCAAAGAAAUGCGAGCUAUAUGGAGCGAAGACGUGUCACAGGCGGAGAAAGUCCUGCUCUACGGUGCUCAGUAUGGCGAGAGGAUCAUCGAGCAUAACGUCGACCUCUUAGCGAAUGUUGAAGAACGGAGUCACUUGCUGACUCCACCCUGGGAUGCCUUGAAGGGGCCAGGUCAGAUAGCAUUGGACAUGCAUCUGAAGAGCGCCGAGAAGUUGAUGAAGGGCUCGCCAACCUGGGGAGAACAGGCCGUCAUCUGUGUGGACAAGCUAAUGGACAUCAUUGCUCUACUUUACCAGGCGUUUGGGAGUCUAGUGAGUAUAAUCCAGACACCUGGCUUGGGCAUGGCCAAGGCCUACGGUAUCAGUCAGAGUCGAUUCGUUAGUGGACAAGGUCUAUUAGCCGUUCUACUGGAGGAUCAGGCUCAGGCUUUUGAAGUCACUGACUAG